UUGCCAGAAGAAGCAGAGCAGCCAAGUGCAUGGUUUCCAUUUAUAAUUGUUUUAAAGGACCUUUGAAAUAAACAAAUAACCGGUUAAUCAAUGUCGGACGGAGAUUUGGAUGCAUUGCGCGCACAGCGCAUGGCACAGAUGCAGUCGCAAUUUGGUAGCGGCGGUGGCAACGAUGCCGAUAAACAAAAGGCUCAGCAGGAGCAGAUGCGUGCCCAGGAGGAAAUGAAGCACUCAAUACUGUCCCAGGUGCUCGAUCAACAGGCACGCGCCCGACUGAACACACUGAAAGUGAGCAAACCGGAGAAGGCGCAAAUGUUUGAGAAUAUGGUCAUACGCAUGGCACAGAUGGGUCAGGUGCGUGGCAAGCUGGAUGAUGCCCAGUUCGUCAGCAUCUUGGAGAGCGUCAAUGCACAAAUGCCACAGAGUAAAUCCACAGUGAAAUACGAUAGACGCCGUGCGGCCAUCGAUAGUGACGAUGACGAGGACUACGGCUGUUGAUUUUCGAUUUGGAUUGAGAUUCAAUUCUCUACUUUAGAGCCUGACUUAAGUUUGCCUAAGUUUGCUUGUGCACUACAAGAAUUGAUACUGAAACUGAAGCUGAAGCGCAAGCGAAACAAAUUUGCUUUAGAUUUUGGUCUUUUUACCAACUAUAUGUUUAUUAAAAUUAAAAACACACAAUUCAA